GGAAAACAGCGAUUACGUGUUCGAUAUGAAAUUCUUUUGCGGAGGUCUGUUACUUGCCUUUGUGGUGGGCAGCAGCUUAGCUGCUCCUCACGGAGGACAUGCUACCAGCUACGCUUCGGUGACCAAGCACGAGGAACCCAUCCACAAGAGCCAUGGAUACGGAUACGAUCACGAUGUGAUCAGUGCCUACGGAGGAAGCUACGGACAUGGUUAUCCCAGUGUCGGUUACUCCGGCUAUGGCUAUGGAUACGACAAGCACGAGCCCCACCACUAUCCCAAGUAUCACUUCGACUAUGGUGUCAAGGAUGCCCACACCGGCGACCAAAAGAGCCAGUGGGAAACCCGAGACGGCGACAAGGUCAAGGGCAGCUACUCUCUCAAGGAAUCGGACGGCACCACUCGGGUGGUGGAAUACACCGCCGAUGACCACAAUGGCUUCAAUGCUGUGGUGAAGAAACUGGGCCACGCCCACCACCCCCAGGUUUACCACAAGGGCUACGGGCACGGCGAUGUCUACGGAGCCGACUACGGUUACGGUCACGAUGUGGCGCACUACGGCGGAUACGGACAUGGACAUGGAUACGGAGGCCACGCCAGCAGCUACGUCAGCGUGAAGCAACUGCACUGAUUCCAGGAACAAUGAUGUGGUUUUGCCCGACGAAAACGAUCUGAAAAUAUUAUUUAACAAUGCAACAAAUUUACCUGACUAAAGCAAGCUUUUUACACAUGUAGUAAUUAUCUUAUCUUAACGUAUACUUUUA